AUGAGACGAUUUAAUUCAGCUUGGUUUGGUCUGUAUGGUAAUUGGCUAGAGUACAGUGUAUCGGAGGAAAAGGCUUAUUGUUUGUGUUGCUACUUGUUUAGAGAUGAUGCGUAUCCUGGAUUUGUGAGGGGUGGGUUCUCGAAUUGGCAUAAGCCUGAUAGGUUAUCUUUCCAUGUAGGAGAACUUAACAGUUCUCACAAUAAUGCUGUCAAGAAGUGUGAUGAUUUGAUGAAUCAAGGUCAAUCCAUAGUACAUGCUAUGUACAAGAAGACUAAUGCGAUGAAAAAUGAGUAUCGUAUCAGAUUAAAUGCUUCUGUUGAUGUUUCUAGAUACUUAUUGCGACAAGGAUUAGCUUUUCGAGGUCAUAGAGAAGGAGAAGAGUCUUCUAACAAAGGAAACUUUUUAGAACUUCUGAAAUACACAGCUGAUCACAAUGAUGUUAUAAAAAAAGUUGUUUUGGAGAAUGCUCCAGGAAAUAACAAGAUGGUUUCUUCAGAGAUUCAAAAGGAUAUUGUAAACGCUUUUGCAGAAGAAGUAGUGAAAUCUGUUAUUGAAGAAAUUGACAACGGAGUGUUUGGUCUAUUAGUAGAUGAAUCUGCUGAUGUGUCUGACAAAGAACAGAUGGCUGUUGUUUUUCGAUUUGUUGAUAAGAAAGGAGCAGUCAAAGAAAGGUUUGUUGGAGUUGUCCAUGUGAAAGAGACUUCUUCUUUAUCUUUGAAGCAUGCUAUUGAUGAGUUGUUUGCUAGGUAUGGUCUGAGCUUGAAAAAAGUGAGAGGACAAGGUUAUGACGGAGCUAGUAAUAUGAAAGGAGAGUUUAAUGGCCUGCGAUCAUUGAUUUCUAAAGAAAACAGCUCUGCAUAUUAUGUUCAUUGCUUUGCUCAUCAACUUCAGUUGGUUGUAGUGGCUGUUGCGAAAAAGAUAUUUGAGGUUUCUGAUUUCUUUGAUAUGGUUUCUAUGUUAUUGAAUGUGGUUGGAGCUUCUUGCAAACGAAAAGAUAAAGUCCGGGAAAAUUAUCGAGCCGAGAUAAAUGCUGGAAUUGCUAGGGUUGGGUUGUUUUCUACUAUUAUUAAAGUUCUUGAGUAUAUCGAAAAGGAUGGCGCAGAUGAUUCUAAGAGAUGCCAGGCAUAUGGUCUUCUCAAAUAUAAUCUAUCGAUGGUUUUGCAAAGGAAAGAUCAAGACAUUUUGAAUGCUAUGUCACUAGUAGAAUCUACUAAGCGGGAGUUACAGAGAGUAAGAGAUGAUGGAUGGGAUUCACUAAUGUUGACAGAAUUCAACGAUCGUUUUACUGAGGUAAACACUGAGCUGCUUAUUUGUAUGGCUUCCUUAAAUCCUAUUGGUGCUUUUCGGGCAUUCGACAAGUCAAAGUUGGUGAAGCUGGCUAAGUUCUAUCCAGAGGACUUCAGUUUUAUGGACUGUUUAUCUCUUGAGCAACAACUUGGUAUUUUUAUCGACAAUGUACGGCAUGAUCAGCGAUUUAAAAAUCUGAAGAGUCUUGGAGAUCUUUCUCUUCUGAUGGUAGAUACGCAAAAGCAUAUUGCACAUCCUUUGGUUUAUAGGCUUUUGAAGUUGGUUUUGACUUUGCCGGUUGCUACUGCAAGUGUUGAAAGAUGCUUCUCUGCAAUGAAGAUAGUAAAGACAGCUCUAAGAAAUCGAAUGGGGGAUGAUCUUUUAAGUGAUUAUCUCAUUUGUUUUAUAGAAAAAGAAUUGCUUGAUGAUGUCGCAAACGAAGAAGUGUUGAUCCGAUUUCAAGCCAUGAGUGAAAGAAGAAUGCUUUUAUAA